AUGGCGGGCAAAGAGGGCUUGGUCCAACAGAUCAAGAACAUGCAGCGCAUUGACCCCACAUUCAAGCAGACUUGGUGGGACUUCUGCGAAUCACAGCUUGGCGGUGUUCGUGAUCCCAAUCGUCACGAUGAGAGCGUCUUGGGCACGUUUUUGGAGCAGUACAACAGCGGCGCCAUUGCCCCGUCCCCCUUCCGUGCCGAGGAGGGCUGGUGGGGCAAGGGAAAGGGCAAAGGCGGCGGUGGUGGUGGCGGCGGCUAUGACAUGGGUUGGGCAAUGAUGAUGGGCGGAGGCUUGGGCGACAUGAUCAAGCAGGGUCAGAGGGCAUCCUAUCACUAUAGGACCGCUUGGACUAUCUACUGUGCGCUGUAUGGGGCGGGCAAGAACGACCCAACCAAGCAUGAUGAUAAGUUCAUCCGCGGCUACCUUGACUACCUGGGGGAGCUGGCAACAAACGGAUUGUCGUCCAUUGCAUCUUCCCAGGGCAUCAAUCUCGAGGAAAUCACGGCCAACACCACCAACAAGCGACCGCAAGUGGGUGGUGAAGCAGCACCUAUGAAGAAGUUCAAGUCCGAACCCGACGAGAUCAAGCUACCCCUGGCAGAGAAGGUCAAGAACAUGCAAAGGUCCAACCCCGCAGCAAAAGAGGCUUGGUGGGCCUACUGCGAUGCUCAGGCAGGAGGCCUGCGAGACCCAAUGCGCCACGACACAGACUCGCUGCAGGCUUUCUUGACCAGCCAGGGCGCAAUGUAA